AUGGCCAUUGGCACUGCUUACAGCCAAGCCUGUGGGGGUCAUGGUGCCUUGUGCGUGGGGAAAGGGACGAAUCCUUGCUGUGACUGUGAUACAACAAAUGGCUACGCUCUGGCUUGCAAGCGUCUGAAGUUAUCCAAGCGCAUGCGUAUAGUGGCACUCGUUAUGCAAAGGGCCAUCAACGUAGUCGACAAGAUUCAUCGCAUGAACUACAGCGCAGUGCGAUCGGUGAAGAAACGUGCUGAUAAUGUAGAUCGAUACCUCCCCCUCGACCUCAGCGGCACUCCACUGUUAUUACAGCACGACCCCCUCAGAACACGACAGUUCAAGGUAAACUUCUCUCUCUAUGAAUUUCCUCAGCCAUUAGCAGUCAAAUAUAUUACUCCCACCCUCAACGCCCCAAUAAUAGCAAUCUAG